AUGCAGCUUGGCGAUUCGGCAGCGCACGAUGCCGACUUUUUUGGAUCGCUUGGCGAGACGCGCCAGGCCCCGUCGGCGCCGGCGCCAGCAGAACGCGAGCCGCGUGUGAGUGCACGCGAGCUAAAUCCCAUGCUGAAUCCCGACGCGCAAGAUACCCAACAUACUGUGCCGCUGCCACGCGAAGAGAAAAAGUUUGGCGCGCCCGGCCAUAAGUGGCGUAUGAUGAAGCUGCGCCGCACAUUAGAGAUGGCGGACGAGUCGGGGAUAUCCAUUGAAGAGAUUGCCACCGAGCGAUACGGGUCGCUCGCCGCAUUUGAAGAAGCGAUUGCGGAACGUGAUUUUUUAAAAGGGUCCCAAGGCGAGCGUGGCACAUCGCAAGCAGGAAGGCGCGCGUCUGCUUUCCGACGUCCUGGCGAGGCGGCGCCGGCAUGUGCCGACGCUAUCGCAAACCCCGCAGCUCGCUCUGCCACAGCCACAGCGCGGAGUAUCCCUAGUGUCUUGGCACCUGUAGCGCCUUCUCAUGGGCUGCUCAGUGUGAGCGAGCUGAACAAACUCGAGGCCAAGGUCCUGCGAGCAGAGAUGACCGGCCUUGCCGAGGCCGGCGCGAUGCGUGCGGAAUUGGAGCAGGCGAAAGUACAGGCAGCGUCUGGCGAUGCUUCUGUUGAGGCACUUCCCGUCUUGGAUGGGUACGGUCGUAUGUAUGACAUCGGGACAAGCACAACAGCUGAGUUGGAUGCGGCACAAACCUCCCUUUCGGGAGGCAGGCGCGCAAUGGCAAAGCAGCGCGCGCAGCUAGCCGCUACACAGUCUAACGACGAGUCUCUCACAGACCUUAUCCGGCAGGAGAAGUUUAGCGCUGGCAGUAAAGACCAAAAACAAAACGACGCUGCAUUGGCUUACCAGAUCACUGCCGACCACGGAUUCCAAAACGAUCUGGAGUACAUGGACGACGAGGCGCAGCGCUUCGCGCGAAAAAAGAUGCGCGACGAUGCAAUGAAGCGCCAGUUUGCCUUGAACGACUAUGCCCGCACGAAGCAUGCCUUGGAUACGUGCACAUUCUGUUGGCAGGACGAGGGUCGCAUUCCGCCAAAAGCCAAUAUCAUUUCGUCUAGUUCGUAUGCAUAUCUCGCGCUUCCUGAUAGGGAGCCGCUAGUGGAAGGCCAUUGCUGGAUCGUGCCUACACAGCACAACCUGAGUUCGCUGGACGUUGAUGAGGAUGGCUGGACAGAGAUCCGCAACUAUAUGAAAUGCCUCUUUCGCAUGGCCGCCGCGCGGAAUCAAUCGAUGCUCUUCUUCGAGACGGUGCUGUCUUUCCGGCAACAAAAGCACACCUACUUGGAAGCCGUACCGAUCCCCUUGGAUCUGUUCCAAGAGAUUCCCGCGUAUUUCAAGACUGCGCUCGCCGAAGUGGAGUCAGAGUGGUCGGACCAUAAGCAAGUGAUUCAGUUCACCGAGGCACGGCCGUUUCAGCGGAGUAUGGUGUCGAAGCUCCCGUACUUUAUGGUGCAAUGGGACUACAAAGGCCAGCGUGGUUAUGGACACGUUAUAGAGGCGCGUGACGAUGGCGCUGGACGUGCAUCUUUGCAUGCUGCGUACGAAGAGCCUAGCUACGACGAUGGAGAUCAUAUCGGCGGCGCUGGGUUCCCGAAAUGGUUUGCACAGGAAAUUAUUGGAAAUCUAUUGGAUCUGGAGCCGUACCGCUGGCGUAGCCCCCGGCAUAUCAAAGGCAUUGGGCACUGUCUUGCCCAAUUCCACGCUAUGUGGGAUCCGUAUGACUGGACACGCCAGGUGGAUUUAUAG